AUGUCCGAUUUCGCAGACUGGUUGAAGCCCAGAGAGCCUAGUGGUCCGACCAUCCUAGCCAGGGAGCGCGCCCAGUCCGGCAUCUCCGUCGGUGAGCUGUCACGCGCGCUGUUCGCUGGCGAUGACUAUCUGGAGCGACAGGCCCGAAUUCUUCCGAUUCUAGAGGCUGAGCCUCUCUUUGAUAAGAAACAGCAAGCCAACUUAUCGCGACCGGAUCUAUACAAGCUUGCCCUAGCGCGGGCCAAGUUGCUGCGAAGACUCGUUGACAAACAUGGCUGGGAUAUCAACGACUACAAGCUGGCAGAAACGCUGGUUGACGACGUCUCCCCUUAUUAUUUGCACAUGCACAUGUUUGUUACCACGAUUCGCGAGCAAGCCAGUGACGCCCAACAGGCUCACCUUAUGCCGUUGAUCGAAAGCUUCAAGAUCAUUGGUGCCUACGCGCAGACAGAGCUGGGCCACGGGAGCAAUGUGCAGGGUAUAGAGCUUGAAGCGCGCUGGGAUCCGCUGUCAAAGGAGUUCAUCCUGCACAGCCCGACCCUGACAGCAAGCAAGUGGUGGAAUGGAUCCCUCGGCCGCACGGCCAAUUAUGCCAUCGUUGUGGCCCAACUGCUACUACCCAAGCCAGACGCAAGAACGGGUGGCCACACGGAAUAUGUCUCACACGGGCCUCAUCCAUUUGUCGUGCAGGUCAGAGACUUGAAAACGCACCAGCCACCAAAAGGUGUGGUUAUAGGCGACAUCGGCCCAAAGUUCGGAUACGGCACCAUUGACAAUGCUUAUAUGCUCUUCGACAACUUCAGAAUCCCUCACUCCGCGUUUCUGUCUCGUUACGCCAAGGUUGACCCAGAAACUGGCGCCUAUUCCAAGCCUGCGAUCCCGGCUGUGGUGUACGGCACCAUGACCUAUGUUCGAUCCCUUAUUGUCCAUCAGUCACGACUUAGUUUGGCUCGAGCUGUGACAAUCGCUGUUCGCUAUACCACUAUUCGCCGACAAUUCAGGGACCGGGACAAUACAGACGGACCUGAAGUUGCAGUGUUGGACUAUCCCACUGUCCAAAUCCGCAUUCUCCCGCUUCUUGCAGCGACCUACGCGCUCCACUACACUGGUCUAGCAAUGCAGAAAAAAUAUAGCGACGCUCGCAAGGAAAUUGAAAAGGGGGACUUCAGCAGCCUCGCCCACAUGCACAGCAUGUCCUCAGGGUUGAAAAGCCUCUGUACUAACAUUGUUGCUGAUGGCAUUGAAACGUGCCGACGUGCGCUGGGAGGUCACGGCUAUGGAGGGGCCAGUGGGUUCACUCGCUUGUAUCCUGACUAUCUGUCGAGGGUGACUGUAGAGGGCGACAAUUGGAUGAUCACGCAGCAGGUCGCGUCGUAUCUCAUUAAACGAAUGACGGAGGCUGCGUCGGGGAAGCCCGGAUCCGAUGCAUCACACUUGGAGAUCUUGCACGCCCAAGCUAGUGGGCGAACACUGCACCCGUACAACAUCUUGGACUCCGAUACUGCCCUCGUGAAAGCUUUUCGCCGAAGAGCCAGCUUCCAGGUGUACGGCAUUUACGUGAACCGAGUGCUGAGGAAGACACCGUGGACCAGUCUCAUGAUUCAGCUCAACAAGGCCAGCCACGCGCAAUCGAUGGCCAUGAUCGUGGAGUUAUUCUACGAGGCUGUAGCGAGGAAUGAAGGGUUGUCUCCCACCAUCCGAGCAGCUCUUUUGGACCUUUAUCGCCUCUUCGCAUGUUACUAUCUGGAGCUUGAAGGCAAUGACUUUAUCCGCGCCGGGGCCGUCUCGCAGAGUGAGCUCAACGCCCUGCCCGCCCACAUCCAGCAGUUGAUGGCCAAGAUCCGACCCCAUGCGGUCAACUUAGUUGACGCCUGGAUGAUUCCAGAUUAUCUUCUCGACAGUGCCCUCGGCCGAUACGAUGGCAAAGUGUACGAGGAGCUCUUCCACAGGGCACACAGGCUCAACCCGCUGAAUAAGAUAACAUUUAAUCCGAAUUAUUGGGAGGAUGAGAUUGUGAAGGGCACUGGAGACAACUGGUCAUCUAUCCUAGCCAAACUGUAG